AUGUCCAUCGCCUCCAUCUCCACAACCUCCACUGUCACCCCCAAGAAGACCCGCCGCUUCUCUAUCGUCCGCCUCUUCAGCAGCAGCAACAACUCUUCACUCUCAGCCUCUAGCUCGUCCACAACCUUGAAUGACGCCAACACCCCAUUCCGCCAUUCCAUGGAACCCAAAUCCUCCUCGUCCUCGUCCUCGUCCAUGGAUACGAUGCAAACAGAGAUCAUGCGUGAGCGCCGCAAAUCCAUCGCCGCCUUGACCCACUCACCUCGCUGCUCGAUGAAUCUCGACUUCAGACCUGCUUCAGGUCGUCGCCCUAUCCUCAGGGUUCGCAAGGGGUGUGCAGCCCCACAGGCCGAGAUGAACGAGAAGAUGCGCGAGUUUGACGAGUUGCUCCAGACCCGCAAGACCAGCACCAUCCGCAUCUCGCUCACUCCCAGCCUCCUUCAGGACACCUACUAA